CGCGAGAGAAUAUGAGGGACUAACAGAAAGAAGCGCGAUGAAGUUGUGUUCUAUUUUCCACAGUUACCGAUGUUUUGUUUCCCGGUGCUGUGAGGCAUUGUACUGAGCCAUCCUUAAAAUAAACCAUCACCUUUCUUUUAUAUUCAACUUGAGUAUUCAUUGAAGAUGAGUGAAGAAAGAAGAAACCCAACAGGUUAUGGGCCCAGACAUGCAACGGGAGGAAGAUGGCAGCGCCUGGUCUUCGAUGGAGACGAGGACAACUACAAACUUUGGGAAGUAAAAUGUCUUGGUCGCAUGAGACUUGAAGGUUUAAAGGACACAAUACUUUCCUCUGGUGAAGUGGACCCAGAGAAGAAUGCAGAAUGUUUUGCAGAGCUAAUCCAGUUCCUCGACGACAAAAGUCUGUCGUUGGUGAUGAGAGACGCUGCUGACGAUGGUCGCAAAGCACUACAAAUUUUACGGCGCCAUUAUGCCAGUGAUGGUAAGCCAAGAAUUAUUUCCCUGUACAACGAAUUGUGUUCCCUGAAGAAAAACUCCGAAGAAACUAUUACAGACUACAUCAUUAGAGCCGAAAAGAUUGUGACUUCUUUAAGAAAUACAAAGCAAGUAAUAAGCGAUGAGUUGAGUAUUGCUAUGGUUCUGCGGGGCCUACCGGAACCAUACAAACCAUUCGUCAUUCACAUGACACAGAGCAACGAUGAAGUGACUUUUGUGGAGUUUAAGAGCAAACUACGAAGCUACGAAGAGACAGAGAAAUUUGAACACAAACCAAAUUCAGACAACGUAAUGAAAGUGGACAUAGCGUCAGCAACCUGUUAUGGAUGUGGGAAUCGUGGACAUUUUGCGAGAAAUUGUCCCCACAAAACAACACCAAAGUGGUGCAACUACCACAGAAGCACAACACAUACAGACGAGACGUGCAGAAGAAAAACCAAGCCUGACUCUGCUAAACAAACUAUGGAGAAAGAAGAAGAUUCAAAGGAAAGUGGAACCUCCUUUGUGUUCCAAGCCAGUCAUUUGGUGCUUCCAGACGGCAUCAAACAAAAUGGACUGAUGGUGGACUGUGGGGCGACGUCACACAUAAUCACCGAGAAGAGUAAAUUUACACGAUUUGAUGAUACUUUUAACCCAAACAAACACUACAUGGAGUUGGCCAAUGGAACAAGGAAGAACAACGUGGCUCUGAAGAGAGGCGAUGCAGUGGUUCUUCUACGCAACACGGAAGGUAAAAGUGUCCCCGUCACACUGAAGAAUGCCUUGUUCAUCCCAAUCUACCCACAAGACUUCAUGUCGGUGAAAGCAGCCACGACUGAUGGAGCUCAAGUGAUCUUCGAAGAAGGACAAAACCGGCUCAUCACGAAAGAAGGAAACACCUUCAAGUUAGAAGUACACGAGAGACUGUACUACCUCAAAACGGGCAGUGUGUGGAGUCCCACAGACGUAUAAAGACACCCUGAUGUCAUCAGAGGCAGCCAGCUGGGAAAAAGCCAUGAAAGACGAAUUGGCAUCUCUCAAAAAAAUGACACACUUGAACUAACAACAUUACCAAAA